AUGGAUAAUAGUAAUUUAGAAGACAUCAGCAGAAACCACCAGUCAGGAUUAAUUCUUCCAGUGGAAAUUGAAGUGACUAGAAAUCCUAGAUGCAGACGUGUCCGAUCAGCAGAAACGAAUGGUGUUCGAACCAGAAGAAAAGUCAGGGCGGUGGACAAAGCUGGUCACUACAAUGUCACCAUUCACCACGUGGCACAUAAAUCCCUCACUUUCAUGAAAGAUAUUUUCAACACAUUGGUAGAUGGUCAAUGGCGUUACACCUUGACAGUAUUCGCCCUGAGUUUUUUCCUGUGCUGGACAGGAUUUGCUCUUUUAUGGUGGCUGGUGGCAGCGGCACAUGGUGACCUAAAUCUUGACGAGAAUGGACAACGACUGGAUGGAAAAAGUAGACCUUGUGUUGAAGGAACGACGAAUUUUGCUGGGUUUUUAUUAUUGAGUAUAGAGACUCAGGUAUCAAUCGGUUACGGUCUCCGUUACCCAAACGAAGAAUGUCCAGAAGCAAUAUUUCUACUGGUGAUGCAGGUGGUUGCUGGAAUUGGAAUCCAAGGCGCAAUGGUUGGAAUUAUUUACGCAAAAAUGAUCAGGCCCUCUAAACGACUGACGGAAGUCAUUUUUAGCAAAAUAGCUGUGAUUUGCCAAAGGGAUGGUCACCUUUGUCUGAUGUUUCGCGUUUGUGAUCCUAGGUACACUCAUAUAAUUUGUUCUGAUAUCAAAGCAUAUUUAUUGGAAAACAAGUUGACACCAGAAGGUGAAAGAUUGAAAUCUUAUCAAUCACCACUUCGACUGGAAUCUGAUGGUCAUCUCUUGUUAUUGUGGCCAGUUGCAGUGGUCCAUGUGAUAGAUGAAGACAGUCCUUUUUAUGAUCUGUCGGCGAAAGAUUUGCUCGAGAAAAAGUUUGAAGUAAUCGUAACCUUUUCUGGAAGUUCAAGUGCCACAGGGCAAUUGACACAGUCCCGAACAUCCUAUCUGCCAAGAGAAAUUUUGUGGGGACAUCGAUUCCAAAACUUAUUAAGGUUUGACGAAGGACUCCAAUGUUAUGUAGCUGAUUGCGAACUCCUCAACAGGACUUAUGCUUUUGAUACACCACUUUGUAGUGCAAAACGCUUAGAUGAAGUUAUGCAAGAAGUAAACGAUUUUGAAGCACAUUAUAAAUCACAGGAGUACGUCGAUGUAGAACAUUCAAAUUCACAGGAUAUAAGCAAUAAUACUGACAACACGGGAGGAUUUUCACCUUUGGAUCCUUUGAUGGAAGACGAAGUUGAAGAAAAUAUAUUCGAUUAUUUUGAAAAUAGUAUUGUAGAUAUAGAGAGAAGAAAUUCUUCAGAUUCUUAUAGCUCUGAUGAAUUUAUUAUAGGUCAUACCAGAUAUAAAGAUGGUUUGAAACAUACUAUUGUAUGA